GCGCAGGAACCACAGAGCGGCACAUUUGUACUGAGACAGCCGCGGUGCCAUCGGCUGUGACUGGGGACUUGUGUGCAGCUGUCGGGUCAGUCUGAGAGGCGACAGGCUGAGGAGGGUCCCGGGCUGGCUGUCCACAAUGAGCCGACCCACUCCUCCAACUCCCUCCGCUGCUUUUACGCGCUUUCCCCUCCGACCAGACGCCUUUGUGAAGGACGAAUGACACCCGGGCUCACCUCAUGAUUUCAUCCCGCUCCUAACACAGUUUCUUCAUGGCGUCUCCGCAACAGUCAAGAAUUCAGUCGUAUCUGGAAAAGAACAAGAUCGGACCCCUGUUUGAGGAGUUGAUGACCAAAUUGAUAACGGAGACUCCCGACCAUCCAAUCCCUUUUCUUAUUGAUCACCUGCAGACCAAACAAGACAGCCACGGCAAACUGCACCGCGCUCUGUCCGGCUCUGCUGCACUGUGGGCCCAGAGCUCCCCAGAAUACAAACACACUCGCCGGGAGUACAGCCACUAUGAGAAGCCAUGGCAAAUCCAUCCAAAGAAGCCCAAGAAAUCCAAGAGUGACCUGGCUGUAUCGAGCAUCUCCCCCCCAUCUCCGGAGUCCAAGUCAUUGCCACGGUCGAUCGAAUGUCCAGCCUGGGACUGGAGAGAGAGUCGCGACUUUGACGAGCUCAGCCACAUCCUGCAGGAGAGCCGAAAGCUGGGCAAGGCCCUGGAGAGCCUCUCGCGCAGUAUUGCCAUAUCAGAUGAGCUCGACCAGAAUUUGGGGGGCUACAAUUCCUUAUUGCGCCCCCGUGUGGUUGGAGAGUGGAUGGGUCGCGCAGAGGUGGACCCUGACCCGCUGGCUGCUGAGAUGCUGCACCCACCUAUCCCACGAACCAAAACUGAACUGUGCUGGAGCAGUGACAGCAGUCCCUCUGGCAGCCUGAUAAUGGAAGGCAAGAGCAAAGGGCUGAAGGAGCAGCAGCAGCAUCAUAAGAAACUGUUGGCAUCCAUGUUGUCCCAGGACUCCUUCGACUCGGCCCACAGCCCCGCCCCUUCACUUGUGGAGGAGGAGAUGGAGGAUGAAGAUGAUGCUAUGGAACUUCUAGAGGACCUGGACGACCUGCGCAUGGAGGGCGUCACGGUGCUGGCUCUGACCGGGAGCAAGUUCAGUCAGGGACGCAGCUCGUAUCAGGCUGAACCGCAGGCCAAAGUCACACUCAACAUCUGCUCCAGGUGUGCCAGGCUGCAGGGCGAUUCUUUAUCUGACAGAUCUGAAGAGGAUCACCGGGCACACAUAUUGGAACAAGCUGUACCUGACAUCUCCUCCCCAUUGCCGGGGGUGAACUCUGCAGCGGGACGGGUGCAGGAAUGCGAGUCGUCAUCUCAUGUAUCUACCUCUCGUCAGGCAGUCUGGGAGGCUGAUCUGAAGCCCAUCAGAGGUGGCACUUCCCUGGGACACUCUGGCCUGCUACUGGGUGACUCUCUCUUCUCCAAAGAGCUGGAGAACAUGGGCAAGCAGUUAGCCGAAGUUGAGAAGGACUUGGCCAAACUGGCGGAGGUGGGGAAGAUGACCGCCCGUAGCUCCAAUAACCCCCACAGCAGCCUGCUCCAGAACCCACUGCAGCACAGGACCCUCCCGGACACUCUGCCCCUCACCAGCCUCCUAUCCCGUCCACAGUCUCCAGCCAGCAGCCUCUCCACCAAACCCAGCAGCACCGGCCUCUCAUCCUUCAGCUCCAAACCCACCACGCUGGUCAUGGGGCGGUCGCCUAGCAAUCCCAGCAGCAGGACUCAAACUCCCAGAACCCCCAGCAGCCGACCUCUGACCCCAAAUAGUUUACUGACACGUAGCAGUUUUAACCCCGGGGCCCAUAAGGAGGUGACCUUCAGGAGGUCCAGGAGCAGACCUGUGACCCCCACCAGUCAGCCCAUGCACCCCCGCCCACUUCUCACCCCACCAGGGCUCAGCACCACCGACAGCCUUGGAGCCAGCCUAAGGGCCUAUCUGUCUGAGGAUGAGUUUUACCAGCAGUUGCAGGCCAUCCGGCAGCCCUGGCGUAUCCCCAGUGACACAGACAGUGACAUCAUGGACCCUCCGGAGCAGGACAGAAGUGGUGCACAAGAUGCUAACAAAAGAUCAGUCUUUUCAGGAAUUGGUGACUGGUGACGAAGACCAACGACCCAAUCAAUUACAAUUAUGCAAAACCACUGGACAUUUUGAAUAUAUGUAUAGAGAAUUAUUUUUAUAGCUCACAUGAAUGAAUACAAAAUGAUUGUAUACUUUUUCACAGAUAUUUCAUAGAUUGUACUGUAAGGGUAUGAUUCUAAUGUGAAAGUAUAGGAUAUUCUAUUUAUUUUUGUUCGCUCUGUAGCAUGCUAUCAGACUUCCAUUUCCAGAGGCAGAUGCAUUUAGUUGUUGACUGAAGUCCAGUCUGUGUGUGCUUAUAGUGAGGGCAGCACAUUUCUGUUAAGGAGUGGCUGUCACAACAUGUAUACUCUGGACAAUAAUGAAUGCUAUGAAAUAAAAUGAUAUGGUCUGGAAACAAUGUG